AUGUCCUCUACAAAGACCUUCGAAUACAACAACAAAUCAAGCACUAGCACAGGAUACAACAAAACAAAGAAGUAUCAUCAUCGGAGCACAUUGGGAAGAAAUGGAUCAUCCAAUCAAUUGUCGAGCUCAUCAUUCAAUGAUUCGCAUGGAAAUUUACGGCCGAAAGAAUGGGCAGAUGCCAACAACUUUUUAACCUCCACAUCAACUAGCAUGAUGAACAAAUCUGUAGGAGAGAUUUUAGACGAAUUGAAUAACAUUCCAUAUCCCGUGAAAUAUUUAGAUGUGGAGUUUUGCUCAAAUGUCAUCCUGUCCAUUUCAGAGCAUUUAAAGAAAAAUUCCCAAGAUUUACUCAUUUCAAAAUUAUGCCAAUUGAUUUCCACUCUUUCCAUAAAACAUGAGAUCCAAUUUUCUGAAGAAUCAGGAGGAAAACUGAUUUUGAACUUGAUUAGUUUUGUUUCAUCUUCUUCGUCGUGGCUUGUAGCGGAUUGUUUAAGAACUUUGAGCUUUAUAUUGUACGACAUGGCUUCGAAAUAUUCUCAAGAAGUUCACAAAUCAGUGCUGUCAGUUGUGAUUCCUCAAUCUAAAGUGUCAAUUUCGGAUAUGGAGGUGAGAAGACAGGCCAUAAAUUGUCUUGUUAACAUUUUCUCAAAGUCCUCUCCUGAAUAUCUCUCUCCUUACUGCAAAACUGUUUAUUUAUCAAUGAUCCAAAAUUUUGAAAUUUUGGCCAAGAAUAUUUCAGGAGAUAAUGGACUCCAAAAGAUAUUAUAUUCUGUGAUGAAAGCUCUCAAUUCUGUAAUACAAAUUGGAGAAAAAGUUCAUGUUCAAGAUAUUGAGAAAAUUGUGUCACAUUUGACCAGAUUAAUGUUUUUUGGAACUAGUUUUUUCCCAGCUUCACAGACUUCAAAUUCUUCAAAGAAAGACUCGAGUGGUUUUGCAUCUGAUUCGGAUUAUUCCGACUCUGACUCACCUAUGGUAAAUAGAGAAUCUAUCAAAAUCCGUCUUCAAAGUUUGCAAUUAUUGACUACCCUAGCCAAAAAAGAUUUUAAAUCAUUGUUCGCUCAAUGGAAAGUCUUUAUUCCUGAAAGUGACAGUUUGAAUCCAACCCCUAAAUACAAACAAACACUAUCAACAGCAAUUUUAUUUGAUCCAUCUUCAAAAGUAAGAUCUGCAGCUGUACAAACUCUUGCCUCCAUGUUGGAGAACAGUGAGUUGUAUCUGGCUCAAGCGAGCGAAGUUAGAACCAAGUCUUCAGCUUUUACAUCAUUCUCACAAAGUCUGGCGCUCAUGAUCAAGGAAUUACACCAUACUUUAAUUUAUUCUAUCCAACAUGAAACGUUACCAGUUUUACCUUUAUCCAUUAGGACUCUCUCGUUACUCAUUGAAAAUACGCCUUAUUUAAAAAUGAGUUGUGAAAGUUUAUUGCAAAAAAUUGCAGAAAUAUUAGUUGCAAAUAUAUCAUCAGGGCAUGUGGAUAAAACUGUACAAAAUCAGUCAUUUAUAUGUCUUGCAUCAUUAUGUGGCACCAAGGAACCUUUAAAUGAGGUUGGAUCAAUAUUAUCAGACACCAAACUAAGCAUUGUUGUAAACCUUAUUAAUUACCUUUCAGAUGAGUAUGUGUAUAUAAUAAGAACAGAGUCUGCACAAGUUCUAGCGAAUAUCGCCAAAAACUAUCCGGAUUUUCUCUGGGACUAUUGGCAUAUUAUUUUACAAAAGAUAAGACUCGGUCUAAAUCAUCAUGAUCAGACAUUGAGAUUGACUCUAAUUCAAAUCAUUAAUAACUUUACAUCUCCUUUCAGUGAAUCUAAAAUUCCAGCUGUGUCCAUUAAAAAACCAGUGGGAGGAUUCAACACUCAUCAAAUUACAGAUACGAUAUGGGAAAAUAUUACUGAGUCCGUACUGGAAUUCGCUAUUGCUGACAAUAAUCAGACAAUACGAUCGGCAGCUGUUUCUAUUUUCUCUAAUAUUAUUCCAGAAACAUUUGAAACGUUUGGAAAUCAACUUUCUGAUCGAAUAAUCUCACUAGUGUUUUCAAUGAUGAUGGACGAAUCCCCAAAUGUGAGACAAUCAGCAUGUCGUACCGUUGGAGUUUUUGUUUUGUUCAACAGAUUGCAAAAUGAUUACAACUUUUUGAAGAGAGCCAUGCAAGAUUUUGAGACAUUGUUGAUGGAUUCUUCUUUGAAUGUGAGAGUACGAGCCUCAUGGUCACUUGCAAACUUGUGUGAUACCUUAAGACUCUCAGAUACACUCAAAGACAACAACACAGAUUUAGUGCUACCAAUAUUAAUCUCGUGUUUAAAUUCAUGUCAUGACAACGACAAGGUUUUAUGCAAUGCAGUGCGAGCACUAGGAAACAUUUCCAGCUUUGCAAAAAGAGAAGUAUUAGAACAUGAAAUAUUCAAAUCCAACAAUAACAAAUAUAGCUUAGAGCCAGACUCACAUGCCACAGAAUCAAAGACGGUCGAGAACUUUCUACUUGAGAAGUUUAUACAGACUUUAAACUCAAAGUCGACUUCUGUUAAGGCAAGAUGGAAUACUUGCUAUGCUCUUGGAAGUUUGCUUAUGAACACUAAUAUUAUUUCUACUGGAACCAUCGAUACAGCGGUCAAUGUUUUAUGUGAUGUACUUUCAACGGAUGAUAAUUUUAAGGUGAGAAUUCAAGCUGUAUUGGCUCUCUCCUUGACAAAACAUUAUGGGACCGAGCUAAAUAAUUUCAGAGUAUGGAAGAGUCUAAUAGAAGCCUUGCAAGUACUCUCUUCAGACAAUCCCACAGCUCAAUUUUCAGAGUACAAGUAUAUUAAGACCCUCAAGAAACAGCUACUUUUUACUUUGGUGCAUUUUACAAAUCAUGUGAAUUUGGACUCCUUCAUUAGAAGCAGCGUACAAGUACAGGAAUACAUGAUUGAAAAAGCUGGAGAGGUUCUUGCGGCUUCUUUCUCGGAUUGUGAAUGGGAGGAUUGCUAUAGUGAGACCAUCAAGAAGCUACAAACAUCGAUUGUGGAUCCUCUUGAGAUGGAAGAGGAAUCGUCUGCACUUGCUGCCGUUCUCAAAAGACAUACCUAUCAAUUCUAA